UUAUUAUGAAUGCAAUCAUCAAUCAUCAUAAUACAAAAUCGGAUGAAUAAUAUAACUUUUGUAUUUUAUUUAAGUGACUUGAGUGAUAUUUGCCAGCAACUUAUUAGAAAAUGGAUUUAUUAGGAUCAAUAUUGGAUUCGAUGGAUAAGCCACCUACUAUUAGCAAUGAAAAAAAAGCUUUGAUUAAAAAACAACGUGAUGAACAUCGGAAACAACAGAAAAUAGAAACUGAAAGGCUUAAAAGUUUUCGUGAAAAGAUCGAACACGAUGUUAAUGAAUUUCUGAAUGAUGAAAAUCAAAAAGAAUAUACAUUUCCUCCGAUGGAUCAAGUGCAUCGUAGUAUUAUUUACGAUGUAGCUGAAGUUGCAAGUAUUUUGGCUCACUCAUUCGGAGAAGAGGGAAUUGAUAGACAUAUUCGAUUAUUUAAAAAAGAAUAUGCUCCAUCUGAGGACCAAUUAAAUGUUUUACGUCGCGGAGAAGAGUGGAAUGAUGAUAUUGCUAAAAAAUUAAAAGAAGAAAAAGAAAGAGAAGCAAAAGAAAAACAAGAAAAUUUCCAUUCAAAGAAACGUAAAAUUGACUUUAUUCCAAAUACUAACUAUAAAGAUAAAUAUAAACAUAUUAUUGGUGAAGAAGCUGCUUUAGAAGCUGCGAGAAAAACUGAAGCCAAUAGUAGUUAUGGAUGUGUUCCUUGUGAAAAUAAAAAAGAUCAGAGGAGUAUUGAACAGACACUUGCAGAUAUAAAAGCGAAAAAGAAAAAGAUGAAAGAAAUGAACGGAUAAUUCUAUCAUAAAUUAAAUUAAAUUAGUGAAGUUUCCGUAUACUGUUAUUUUUUUCCAAUAAAUAUCCUUAAUUUUUAGUUUCUAAUCACUCAAAUAAGUUCAAAUUUUAUAUUAGUAUUGUUACAAAAAAAAAAAAAAAAGUAAGUACACCGUAAUAAACAAUAAAAUAGUACCCAUGACAAAUUUUUUAUCUUUUUGUGCAGUUUUUAUACUUCCAAUUUUAAUACAUGGUUGUUCUUAAUUAAUUUUACAGCCGGAUUAUUCAAAUUGAGAAGUAUAAAAUAAUUUAGUUGAUUGAUUAGCUGUAAGAAUCAUAAAGAGAAAUAAGUAUACAAAAAUAAAUAAUAAUUCAAGAGUA